CUUGAAAGCAGCAUCAGUCUCCGGGCUCCUGGGUGUGUGUGUGAGUGUGUCUGUGUGCAGUCACUUCAGCUCACAGACUGGGAGCGAAAACACCAGAAACCACAGUCCGCGUGCCUGUCAGCGAGACCCCGUGUUUGAAAACUUCUGCUCUUCCUCCAGCGCAAGGACAGAAUGGGAAACUAUCCGAGCUAGUUUCGUGAAGAGGACAUACAUUCAGAGGGGAACUGUGCUAAAACUACCAGGUUGAGCAUUCGGUCCACACCAUCUAAGUCCAGUGAAGGACCAGGAGCACAGUGGACAUGCAGACCUUUCUUAAAGGCCGGAGAGUCGGCUACUGGCUCAGCGAGAAGAAGAUGAAGAAGCUCAACUUUCAGGCCUUUGCUGAUCUGUGCAGGAAACGAGGAAUAGAAGUUGUUCAGCUCGAUCUCAGCCAGCCUCUGGAGGAGCAGGGUCCUUUGGACGUCAUCAUCCACAAACUGACUGACCUCAUCCUAGAGGCUGACCAGAAUGAUUCACAGGCCGUGCUGCUCGUGCAAAGAGUACAGGACUAUAUUGAUGCCCACCCUGAGACCAUUGUUCUUGACCCCCUGCCAGCAAUCCGAACUCUGCUGGACCGCUGCAAGUCCUAUCAGCUCAUCCACAGGAUAGAGGGCUGUAUGCAAGACAACAGGAUUUGCUCUCCUCCAUUCAUGGUCCUGAACACCGAGUGCAGCCCAGAUGUGCUGGAGCAGAUCAGGAGACAAGGACUCACAUUCCCCUUCAUUUGCAAAACACGGGUGGCUCAUGGCACUAACUCCCACGAGAUGGCCAUCAUCUUCAGCGAAGAGGACCUGAAGGACGUGAAGCCCCCGUGUGUGAUCCAGAGCUUCAUCAACCACAACGCAGUGCUCUACAAGGUGUUUGUGGUGGGAGACUCCUACACUGUGGUGGAGAGACCUUCGCUGAAGAACUUCCCUGCUGGUCCAGCAGACAGGAAAGCCAUUUUCUUCAACAGCCACAAUGUGUCCAAGCCAGAGUCCUCCUCAGACUUGAACUCUAGAGAGAACGUGGAGGGAGUGUCUCAGCCACCCAGCGAUGACGUCAUCAGGGAGCUGUCCAGGUCUCUGCGGGAGGCGCUGGGCGUGUCACUGUUUGGCAUCGACGUCAUCAUCAAUAACCAGACGGGCCAACACGCCGUCAUCGACAUCAAUGCAUUCCCAGGUUAUGAGGGCGUUCCGGAGUUUUUCAAUGACCUCCUGAACCACAUCAGCAGCGUCCUCCAGAGCCACAACCCUGACUUCACCUCCACCGGCGAGCAGCCCAAAGCUCUGCCCGCGAACACCACGGUACCCAACAGCGCCAUCCCGUCGGCCCCCGGCUGCUGCGGCAUGCUGGGCAAAGACGCCGGCGGCAGCCCCUGGAUUGUAGAGGGCGACGGAGGCCUGAAGGGCCCGCGUCAGAGACUGGGCUGCAACUCCGCCAUGUCCCCCAACUUCCAGCAGCACUGUGUCUCUACGAUAGCCACCAAGGCUUCCUCCCAGUGACUGUUCCCCUCUCUCCAGUUAAUCCCCGAACAAAGAAGCGGCAGUGGUGACAAUAUUAAUGAAUAAUAAUCAUAAUAAUUAUGAUGUUAAUGACGAUAAUAUAUCUAAUCAACAAAAACCUUUUCCUAUAUAGUUAUUGAAAAUGGUGGUGAUUGGCUGUAAACCUUCUCUUUUUUUUCCUCUCCCUCUGCCUUUUUGUAUUUUUUUGGUUUUGUCUAAUGAGACUUAACAGUACUGUAAUGUGAACUUUUUGCCUAAUCGCUGAUUUAUGUUUCUUUCUGUAAUUAAUGCAAGGGUCCAGAUGAGGUAGCUAAACGGGAAUGGCCGAGUCAGGAUGUGCCACUAAAUGUGCAAUGUAUAGAUCCCUUGUGUCUCACCGUAUACACACGCAGGUACGAUCACAUUGCGACAGACCGUGCCAGUGAUGUGUGUCUGAAUUCUGGUCAAUACCACUGACUCUUCUGCACAAAGUGAGGCUGAGAAGAGACGACUGGGCAUUUGAACACUACAGAUCCCCCCGGCUGCUUAUGUGAUGGUGGCCAACCGGCGUCAGGCGAUGAUUGAUUGAUUGAUUGAUUGAUUGAUUGAUUGAUAGACAGUGAAAGUGAAUGACAAGGUAACUUCAGGCUUGUUAGAUUCAACGAACAGUAAAACUGUUUCCCUUUCAGAGUGCCAUCUAAUUUACGUUGAGUAGGAAAGCACAUUUUUAACAAAGGUUAAAAAAAAAAAAGACAGGAAGUGAAUCUCCAUAAUCACGUGACCAAGUUAUUUUUUUUUUAGAUAUAUAUAUAUAGAGAGAGAGAGAGAGAGAGAGGUCUUUGAGUGUUUUGGUGUAUGUCGGGUGUUCAUCAAACAAAACCUGGUUUUGUUUUGGAGUCCCAGCCUCAGUCUCCAGUGCAGGAAGGACGAGGAUCACAUUCCUUUCUAUGUUUUGUGGCCGUUUUCCGAGAAUUCCAUGAUUUUCUUCCAAAUUCCAGUGGGAUCCUGAGGUUCUCCCCUAACGUCUGGCUUUUUUUGUCUUCAGUGUUUUUGUCUGUAAUGUGAGCAAACUACUCCCCUGAGACCCACUUGACCUAUCAACAGACCUGCUGUCACUUUUUAUCAAGUUGUUAGGAAAUCAGUCAUGUCGGUGAGGUCCAGGUAAAUUGUCUUUGAGCGCGCUCCGAAAUCGGGUGUCAUCAUUUUUGCUGUUGAUUUCAAAAGAUAAGAAAAAAAAUGGGAGUUUGUUGAACUUAAUUCUCAGUUGAAAUGAAAGUCAAACAGCACUUAUCAAGGGUCCGAGCACACAAAUUGUGAAGGACCCUCUUGAAACUGCUCUGUUAAUUAUUAUUAUUAUUAUAUUAUUAUUUUUUUUCUGAGAUUUUAUGGGGGGGGGAAAUGUUUUAUAUAAAUUAACUGAAAGCAUGUGUUUCUGAACAAACAGUGGACAUUUACUAUGGAGGAUGGUAAAAUGAUGAAUCUGGUCGUCAGAGGGACAGAGGAACCUUGCGGUUGUUGCUGUUGUCUCUCUCUAGCAUCUAGUGGGAACAACCACCAACCCUCAGUGCAUGCAGUUUAUUGCGUUCCCCCCGAGCCUGCGUCAUCUUCUCUUGUCCCAGAGAGCGUCUCCGAGCAGUUUUCAUUUCCUCACAGUAUCAGUUUAUCUGGCUGUUUCUCUCGCUUUUGCAACCACAAAAGAUCACUGCGGCCAUCUCACCAGCAUCUCUCCGGGACAAAAGAAAACCAAUGAGCUAUCAUAUAGUUACACAUCAUGUUAUGGGGUGACAUGGUUUUUAAUUCCAUACACUAAAGGUGUAUCCUGAAGGGAAAAAAAACAAAAGAAUUCCACCAUGUAUUGCGACAGGCUCAGGGGGGAAAAGUUCCACAUCCGUUUCUCCUCAUCUAGGUGUUUCUUCACCCAGAAAAAAAGAGGGGGUGAAGUCGAGAAUGCACUCCACUUCAAAUUGGAAAGACUGGUAUCGACGUACACCACUAUACUGUGUCCUAUCUCGUGUUCCUAACUGUGCUUCUAUAUUGGAAAUAAAUGGUAGUAAUGGUUAA